CGGGGCCCUGAAUUUCAGGCCUCCCUCGACCUAGCCCGGGUAGAGCGGCUGCGGAUCGCAGGACCGGAACGAUGGGGCUGCUCUCCGAGCUGAAGCUGGCGGUGCCCUGGGGCCACAUCGCCGCCAAAGCCUGGGGCUCGGCGCAGGGCCCCCCGGUUCUCUGCCUGCACGGCUGGCUGGACAAUGCCAACUCCUUCGACCGACUCAUCCCCCUGCUCCCUCAAGACUUUCACUACGUUGCCAUGGAUUUCGGGGGUCACGGGCUCUCGUCCCAUUACAGCCCAGGUCUCCCCUAUUACCACCAAAACUUUGUGAGUGAGAUCCGCAGGGUCGCAGCAGCCUUGAAAUGGAAUCGGUUCUCCCUCAUGGGCCACAGCUUUGGCGGCACUGUGGGCGGCAUGUUCUCCUGCAUCUUCCCGGAGAUGGUGGACAAACUCAUCUUGCUGGACGCCUCGCCGUUCGCCCUGGACUCUAACGAGCUGGAGCACCUGCUGACCUACAGGCGGAGAGCCAUCGAGCACACCCUGCAGGUGGAGGCCUCCCAGAAGCCCUCGCGCGUGGUCAGCCCCGCAGAGAUGCUGCAGGGGUUCCUGAAGAAUAACAGCCACGUGGGUGAGGAGUGCGGGGAGCUCCUGCUGCAGCGGGGAGCCACGCGGGUGGCCGCAGCCGGAGCACAGCUUCGAAUUCAUCAGCAGGGAGCUGUUUGUGCACGGCAUCCGGAGGCUGCAGGCCCGCGUCCUGCUCAUCAAGUGAGCCUGUCCUGGCCGCUGGCAACGCGGAGCCAUCGAGCCCUGCAAGGGUACUGCGACGUGAGGAGAGAGAACGACGCCGACAGGGAGCCGCUGCUCUUCAUGCUGGCCACGCUGCGGUCCACCCUCACAGAGCGGUUCCAGUUCGUGGAAGUCCCAGGCAACCACUACGUGCACAUGAACGAGCCCCACCACGUGGCCGGUGUCAUCAGCGCCUUCUUACAGAGCUCGGGACCCCAGCCCGGCUGCAGCUGAGGCAGCUCGCCCCCCGCUCCAAGGUCCCG